GAUACUUUCUCUGUAAUUUAAAUUAAAAAUAUUUUUAAUACAAAAAUGGGUUCAGCUUGGUGGAUGUUCUGCUUAGUUCUUAUCGCCAACGCCAAUAUUCUCCUCGUCAGCGCGCAAUAUGGCGGCUACCCUCCCUACCCUCCCCCGAUCGUGGUCAGCGGGAACAGCGGCAAUAACAACGGCUUUAACGGCAUCAUGCCACUUCUACUUCUACUGCUUCUGGACAACAACGGCAGCGGCGGUCUACUCGGUGGCAGCAGCGGCGGCUGCAGCUGCGGCGGCGGUUGCAGCGCUUGCGGCGGUUGCACCGGGCAACCGUACGUGCCUUACCCCUCCCCGUACCCCUGUAACUAAGUUACAACCCUCACAGCCAUGUGAAGGUCCUGUAAAUUUUAGUAUGUACAUUUUAAGGUCAAUAAAGUUUAUGUGUUAGUACGAAG